UGUAUUGGUUGGGAUGUGGGAUAGUCCAAUCAGACGUCAGUGGAGCGGGGCUGGAGAGGAAAGAUGAAAAAAAAGAGAAACGGGAAGUGACUCUGGACGAGGGGGAUGUUUUGUGUUUUGGGUCGAUGACGGCACUCGGAAAGAAUUCAGGGACAAGAACAAACAAGCGACGCCAAGAGCGAGUGAAAGCGUGAGUCUGGAUGAUCACGGUGGCAACAUGACAUCAUUGAAAUACAUGACCCACAUGUUUGUUUUCGUGUUCCUCAACGUAAUGCAUCCGUCGGAGGAGCUUUGUCUGGACCGGUUGCAACUGGAUCAAUGGCCAGAAGACUGGAGACAUCUUAUCAGUAGGAGACUGAAUCUGAAAGCAGACUUUGACUUGGUGAUUACUGAAGAUCCCAAGGACCAAAUGAUCUGUACUUUACAGAGGGCGUGCCAUCAGGGGAAAAUGGGAGCGUGUAUCUUGCUAGAAGAGUGCUAUGGAGCCCAGGACUCUCUAUUCUAUCAAACACUGCCCGAGUGUGAAGGGCGACCUUCUGUGAAAGUCCAUUUCUAUCACAUAAUUUGUUUGAUGUCCAGAACGUUCGACUCCAGUAUUCGAGCCUGCGACUACACACACGUGUGCAAUGCACUCCCAGGAACACAAUGUAGUGUUUCCAGUCCGUCAACGACAACACUGCCAGAAAUGACAACACUGCCAGAAAUGACUACACUGCCAGAAAUGACAACACUGCCAGAAAUGACGACAACAUCAACAACAAAAGCAGCCCCAACAACUGCAGAUCCCAAAGAAUCUGUUUGUCUAUCCCUUCAAUGGCUGAUUGAACCUGCACUAUUUUACAUUGAAAGUAUACUAGCUAUAAUUGAGCGUCUACAAGAUAUGAUUGAACGUCUAUUAAUGUGGUUCGCAAUCCUGGUGAUUGCUUUAAGUCUGACUCUGGUCUUCCACUUCGUCGUGCAAGUUGUGGCGUGUUGCCAAUACUGUAAGAACAAGGUGCAGUGCAUAUGGUCAGCGUAACAGCCCGGGAUGUUCCAGAGACAUUUAAUGUGUCUCCAACACACUUCAUAUUGCAACAUUGAAAGUGAUUUAAUGUUGUUUCUGUUUUUUGCGCUUUUACAAUCAAUCACACUCUGUUUUCCUAGUGUUAGAUGCCCUGGUUGGAGAGAACUCAUGACCAGAUAUACCAGGAAUCCAUUCACCUUCAUUAGAGAAUCGCUUCAAGAGGAUCAUGAAUCAUUCAUGAGAAUCCCUUUGGAGUUUCUCAUUUUUUUAUUAUUAUCUUUAGAGCCUCUGUCUUUUAAGGAUUGAAUCGUUGCCUUCCCUUGAGUUGGUUUCUGUAUGCAAAGGUCCUUGUGGUUGUCGGGGAGAAUUUAUUGAGCUGCAUAGCGUGAGUCUCUCAGGAAUGUGACAUUUUAAGUGACCCUGUGACCUAAGUCAGUCCAGGGUGAGAUAAGGUUUCAACCAAUGGAACCUAUAUGUGCCUUGACUGUUCCUUGAAGUGUAUAAAACUCCUGUUCUCCCCCUCAAGCUUGGUCAGAUCUUCCUGCUCCUUUGAGGAGAAGGAACAAUCUGCCCCUUUUCAGCUGAAUUGUAGUCAUUUGACAUCUGUCUGUACUUACGGCUUGUGUUGAUGAUUUCUGUAUUCUUUGAUUUUUCUAUAUUGCAGUUGGUAAUAAAUACCUAAUCACAAACGUUUAUGAUACUUUUGAUUUCUCAGAAGGACUUAAUCUACAGAUUUCCACCACAGUGGUUUUGCUAUGAAGUCAUGGAUUGCGUCUUUUUAAUCCAUAUCGCCUGUGGAUAUGCACGAAGCGUUUCUGUAGACAGCCGUUACUCUGCAUGCAGCUGGUCAGGUAUUCGGAGGAAGACGGAGACGCAUCUGUGUGAACACAGAACAAGGUGUCUGGAUCCCGGGAGGAUCGGCUCUGCCUCUGCACCGUUGUAAAGGGCAGCAUGGAGAGAAGUUCAGAUAAAAUUGGAACGUCUCUCGGUUACGUAUGUAACCAUCGUUCCCUGAAGGGAACGAGACGCUGCAUAAAAACGCUGUGGUUACGCCUCUGCGUGACCGCGUCAUGAAGCAAGUGUUAAAUCUAACCAAUGGCGAGCUGGUACGUCAUAGGCGGGCGACGCCGGGACCAGGGCGCUAUAAAAGGACCCGAAGGGCAGGACCAUUCAUCUCUGAAGGGCCGAAUCAAGUACCACGGGCAUGCCGGUAUGGAGGACCAAAAAUGACUUAAAGUCCACGACCUAUAAACUCCAUUAGAGGACCACGAUUUGGAUGAAACUGGGACUCAAAUUCUGCAGCAACUUCCCAACACACAAUGGAGGUUGGGCCUUGAAUGCACCACACACACGUAUACAAGAUAGAAAGGGUCUGGAGAGGCGUUCACAACGGCCUACUUGGAUCUCUCCUACUCCAUCUUUACCUUGAGGGGGAAGGCCUUCUCAACCACAAACUCAUAAAACAUCAUUAUCCAGGAUGGCUGGACCUGCUGCGACAGCUGCGACUACGUACCGAGGGAAACCAGUCCCACUGAGGGAAACCAGUCCCACUGAGCACUGAGGGAAACCAGUCCACCCCGCAGCUGUGGAGUCUCCAUGAACACGAGGCCCAGCAGGAUCCAGUACAGGUGUAAAUUAAUUCAGUCAUUUGAUUUUUACUAUGACCUUACUUUCCUACAUGGGACAAUGUCAACAUGAACCGUAUCUCACAUUACACUAAGUUUUUAAUAAUGUGGGGAAGGUUUAUUUCAAAGUGCACAUAUCAGAAGCAUAAUGUAACUAACAGAGAGGCUUGUGUCACGACCGGACGGUGGACGGGAACCCAAAUGCACGACUCACACAACGUGGUGCGAAAAAAGAAUCAAAGUUUAUUAACAAAAGGGCAGGGCAUGGCCGCUGAAAUAAAAAUCACUCGUGGGCGAGGAAAAACCGAUCUAGAGACAAAAACUGAAAGCAGGCUCAAUUAAGGUGUCGGCAAAAAACGAGGCAAGACUGUGGACAUACGUAACGCUGGCACGGUGGCUUGGGACAAGACGAACUGGCACAGGACAGAGGGGGACUCAGACAAUAUAUACACACACAUAGGGGAAGUGCACAGGUGGAGACAAUCAGGGGAGGGGCGGCAAUCACACCGACACAAGAGGAAGGGGAAAGUUGCCUGAAACAAGGGGAAGGUUCAUUUUCCAAAAUAAAACAGGAACUCACGAGACGGACACGAGACAACCUAACUAACAUCUUUUUCUGGACAUGACAGUACCCCCCCCUUUAGGGACGGCUCCUGACGGACUUUUGCGGUUGUUGAAGUCCCUGAUGAGUGCCGGAUCCAUGAUAAAGCUGGACCGGACCCAGGAACGGCUCUCCGGACCAUAGCCCUUCCAGUCCACCAAUUAUUGGUGUCCCCUUCCGCGUUUGCGUACGCCCAGGAGUCGCUUCACUGGGUAGACCGGUCCCCCAUCAACCAUCCGGGGAAGUGGCGGAGUUGCGGCUCCGGGCACCAUAGGGCUCUCUCUAACUGGUUUCAGCUUCCCCACGUGAAAAGUAGGGUGCACCCUCAGGGAUCUGGGAAGGCGCAGACGAACAGAGACAGGGUUAAUCACUUUUGACACGGAAAACGGACCCACAAACCUAGGAGCUAGCUUCCGGGAGGCAACAUGGAGUGGCAGGUCCCGUGUGGAGAGCCAGACUUUCUGGCCCGGCUGGUAUGUCGGAGCUGGCUGGCGCCUCCGAUCAGCGACCUUCUUCAUGCGCGCCGCGCUGCGAAGGAGGAUGCUGCGGGCAGCUGCCCAGAUUCGGCGGCAACGCCGGACCAUGGCAUGGG